AUGCUCCGCCCUCAAAAAGACUUUUCAAGCAAACCUCAAAACAAAUCAAUCAAAGGCCCUUUGUCUGUCACAAACGCACGAAAGCCAAUUUUUAAAGCCAAACGAUUCCUCAUCUCAGGCACCACAGCCCGCACAGGGUCUCUUGCUUCUGCGCGGGAUCUUGACGAAUGUUUAGAAAGCAGCGUUGAACGAAAACUUUCAAAUGCAGACUCUGGAGGAGAGUCCCCAAAAAUGAAGCCUCCCAAGCUGCCUCUAUCAGGAGAAGACUCUGUGAAGAAAAACCUCAAUUUUGAUGCAGAAGAGCUAGGAAACAAUUUUUCAUUACUAAUGACUCCUUCAGGACAUGAGAGUUUUGGGAAGAGAAAAAUGAAGGAUGACGGAGAAAUUGUGGAAGGAAAAAGGGCUAAGAAUGGACUGAAAAAGUUCUUAAAGGCUCUUUAUGACCCAGAUCUUGGGCAGAGCGAAUACUAUCGAGUGUAUCAGGAAGAAGAAAUUGUUAGCGAUAGGGAGAUACAGCAAAACAUCAUUAAGAGCGAGAUUGAUGAAGACUGCCCCACAAAUGACUCACAAAUUGAAAUCUGCAUUGAGUACUUGGCUGCUCAGGUGGAAGAAGCCAUACUUAAUGAAAAAUAA